AUGCCAAAAAUCGCAAAAGAAGUAAUCGCGUUCAACGGUUUAGGGUCAUCAGAGAAUGUAAUACACUCCCUAGGCCACAUCCUAAUUAACAUCCUAUCAGCCCAACACCGGUUCCAUUUAAUCCCAGACCUAGACUUCCCUUAUGACGGAAUAAUAGGCAACGACUUCCUCUCCGCAUUCAAUUCCCAAAUCGAUUACUCCAAAGAAAUACUCACCCUUGGCGACCUAAGCUUCAAACUCCAAUUUCAUGAACCAACCCUCAUUAUACCUGCUAGAUCCGAAGUCGUCGUAGAAUGUUCCAUUUCCAAUCCAGAACUAAAAGAAGGCCUCAUCCUAGAUCAAAAUAUCUCUGACGAUCUCUUAGUAGCUAACUGUCUCGUAAAAACAAAGGCAAACAAUAGAGCCAACAUCACUGUAGUCAAUAUCUCCGAAUCCGAUAUAACUUUAAGAAACAAUUUGAAAUUAAGACUCGAUCCCAUUGACACUAUCCCUAAUCAUCACCAUACUAAAUCCAACAUUAUAAAUUAUACUAAUUCUAACGAAACGAAUUCAAUCCAGAGAACAAACCAAGUAUUAAGCAUGCUACGUACAUCUCAUUUAAAUAAUGAAGAAACCUCUGCUCUUUUAGAACUUUGUACAGACUACUCCGACAUCUUCCAUCUUCCUAAUGAAAAACUAACAUACACUAAUGCUAUUCAACACGAUAUUAAAACCACAUCAGAAGUUCCAAUUCACACAAAAACUUAUAGAUUCCCCGAGAUCCAUAAAAAGGAAGUAGACAAACAAAUUAAUGAUAUGUUAGAGCAAGGCAUAAUAGAACCUUCAAUAUCCCCUUGGUCCUCACCUAUUUGGGUUGUACCAAAGAAACUCGAUGCAUCAGGCCAACAAAAGUGGCGUAUAGUUAUAGACUAUAGAAAACUGAAUGACAUAACUAUUGGAGAUACCUAUCCCAUUCCCCAAAUCACAGAAAUCCUAGACCAAUUAGGAAAAAGCACAUACUUCUCCACUUUAGACUUAGCCUCCGGAUUCCAUCAAAUUCUCGUAAAUCAACCUGAAAAAACAGCCUUCAGCGUCCCUCAAGGUCAUUUCCAAUUUGCCCGCAUGAGCUUCGGACUCAAAAACGCCCCUUCUACCUUCCAACGUCUAAUGAACACGGCUCUAUCCGGUUUACAAGGUCUACGCUGUUUCGUAUAUCUAGAUGACAUCGUCUGCUAUUCCUCUGACUUAAAAACUCAAAUUCAAAAUCUCGCUGAGAUCUUUCAGAGACUCAGAAACUUCAAUCUCAAACUACAACCUGACAAGUGCGAAUUCCUACGACGAGAAGUCGCUUACUUAGGACACAUAAUCUCCACUGACGGAGUCAAACCUAACCCAGAUAAAAUAAAGGCAGUCGUUGAAUUCCCUACGCCUUCUAAUCCCAAAGACAUUAAGUCUUUUCUUGGUCUCGUUUCCUACUAUCGCCGGUUCAUCCCCGACUUUUCAAAAAUUGCCAAACCUCUUACCUCCUUACUAAAGAAAGAAACUCCAUUCAAUUGGGAGAACCAACAACAAAUAUCAUUCGAUCUCCUAAAACAAAAACUCACUACUGCCCCUGUGCUCGCCUAUCCCGAUUUCUCCCAACCUUUCCUUCUAACCUGUGACGCAUCAAAUCAUGCCGUCGGAUCCGUACUAUCUCAAGGACCUGUCGGAAAAGACAGACCCAUCGCGUUUGCCUCUCGAACACUUAACCGAAGCGAAGUCCAUUACAGCACCACGGAAAAAGAAUUACUAGCAAUAUUGUUCGGAUGCAAAACCUUUAGGCCAUACCUCUAUGGCAGAAAAUUCCAAAUCAUUACUGACCAUAGACCACUAAAGUGGCUAUUCAACCACAAAGACCCAAGCAGUAAAAUGCAACGCUGGCGUCUUAAACUCGAAGAGUUCGACUACGAAAUCAUUUACCGCAAAGGCAAACUUAAUUCAGCAGCCGACGCUCUUUCUCGAUAUCCCGUGAAUCCAAUAAUUCCCUCUGAAUCCAGUGAUGAAACUCUGAAUCCAGAACCUCUGUCUCCUGACGAAAAUCAUGACAACUUACCAUUCAGUCCUAUCACGCUAGAGGACCUUACCGUGAAUCUUCCUGCUAUUUCCGACCAAGACAGUAACGAACUACCCUGUAUCGACCUACUAGAACAAGACAAUGACAUACUACUCCAAUCUAAAUCCGCUGAAUCCUCUGAAUCUGCCAAUCCUACCAAUCCUACUAACUCUAAUGACAUUCCAAAUCCUAUUGAUCAUGAACCGUUGCCCACUACAGCAACCCCACUGACUCCACAAAGCCCAAACUCGAACCCCGACAACAUCCUAGAAGACGACUAUUCCAAAUUCUUAAAAGAGAUUAACAAGAAUACGACAUUCAAUACUAAAGUUAUUGACCAAAACCAAAACCUCUUAAAAACUCAUUGCCAGACGAUACUAGUCCCGACCUCAAUAGACAUGGACGAAUCCAACCCCUAUGUUCCUGAAAUAAUGGAAACCCUUUCCAAUCCCGACGAAACACUAUACCGUGAAAAACAACUGUACUCCUUCGAAGAGGUCCCCUUCGGCAACAAAGUAACAUACCUCAUGUUCGUCAAAGUACACCACUUCGACGAUUGUUCCUAUCCCGAAAUAUUUCAAACUCUCAAAACAACUAGAAAUCAUUUAAUAACACUGAAUCCUCCUAUAACUGAAAUUGCUAUCCCAGACUUCAAAAACCCUUUCGAGUCACACUCAUUCGCCAAGAUCUACAAUAUCCUAGUAUAUAUAUUCCACAACACGAACAUAAUCGUUAACAUAUAUCAUAACAGCAUCAUAUAUCCCUCGCUUAGUGAAAUUAAGAAAAUACUAAAAGAAAACCACGAUAUUCCUAUAGCUGGCCAUUUAGGCGGUAACCGAAUGUUAAGCAGAAUAAAAGAAAAAUACUAUUGGAAGGGAAUAAAAUCCGAUGUCGAAAAUUAUAUCAAAAAUUGUACCCUAUGUCAAGAAAACAAAGCCCUUAGAAGGUGCAAUCGAGCACCGAUGCAGAUCACUACUACUUCCACUAGCCCUUUCCAAAGAGUCUCACUCGAUAUCGUCGGACCCUUACCCGAAUCAGGAACAGCGAAACUCAAAUAUGUCAUGACACUCCAAGACGACCUUACUAAAUAUUCAGCAGCUUACCCAUUGCGUAGUGUAUCAGCUGAAGAAACUACAGACUGUUUGAUCCACUUCAUAUCCCUUUUCGGAAUACCUAAUACUAUCUUCACCGACCAAGGCACUAACUUCACUUCAGACCUUUUCAAAAGCACUUGUUCCUUCCUGAAAAUAAAAAACCUUUGGUCGACGCCAUACCAUCCCCAAUCCCAAGGAGCUUUAGAGAGAAGCCAUUCCACACUCAAAGAGUACCUAAAAUCAUUUGUGAACGACAAUCAAGAUGACUGGCCCCGAUAUGUUUACACAGCAAUGCUAAGCUAUAAUACGGCCAUUCACUCCACUACCAACUUCUCCCCAUACGAAUUAUUAUUCGGCCACAAGGCAUUUAUUCCUGACUCCAUUUAUAAACAAGACCUUACUACUUACCCUGACUAUGUCAGAAUGCUCCAACAUCGUCUCAAACAAUCUUGGGCCAAAGCAGCCGAAAACAUCGACAAAUCCAAAGACAGAUCAAAAUCCUACUAUGAUAACAAAACUCGUCCUAUAAAAUAUAAGGUUGGAGACUUCGUUUAUCUAAAAAACCAUUUAAGACUUCGAAAAGCCCUCUCGCCAAUAUGGAAAGGCCCAUAUAAAGUGAUUCAAGUUCACAACAACAACAAUGUCACUCUAUUAAUAAACAGAAGACAUGUAAGGCACCAUUUUGACGAAAUAAAACUGGCAAGUGCCACUCCUAGCAAUUAG